GGCAAUGUGUCAACAAUGAUGUGUUAUGGCUGCCGUGAAGGCUAUUCGAUGUUCUGCGUAGGAUUUAACGAGAAUGCCAAUCCAGGCUCCCCAGUGGACUGAAUUUUUGUCAUGUCCUGUAUGCUGCAAUGAAUUUGAUGCUACUCUUCGUAGUCCAAUCAGCUUGGGAUGUGGACAUACUGUGUGCAAGACCUGUCUCUCCAAUUUACACAGGAAGCAGUGUCCCUUUGAUCAGACAGGCAUCAAUACCGAAAUUGAAAACCUACCUGUAAAUUUUGCACUGCUGCAGUUAGUGGGUGCAAGCAUUCCAGAAAGCGAAGGGAGUGGCAACAUUAAGCACCUUACAGAAGAGGACUUGGAACAUUAUUUACAAGCAAAAAAAUGCAUAGAGGAACUUGCUCUGUACCUAAAACCAUUUUCGUCUGGGAAUGGAAAUGGUGGCACAAGUGUGCUUUCAAGGCCCAUGCAGCGAAAACUGGUGACACUUAUAAAUUGCCAAUUGAUGGAAGAAGAGGGCCGGUCAAGGGCAAUGCGAGCUGCUCGUUCACUCGGAGAGCGCACUGUCACAGAACUAAUACUACAACAUCAAAAUCCUCAGCAAUUGUCUGCUAACUUAUGGGCAGCUGUGCGUGCACGUGGAUGCCAAUUUUUGGGUCCAGCUAUGCAAGAAGAAGUUCUGAAACUAGUUCUGCUUGCAUUGGAAGAUGGUUCAGCCUUGUCAAGAAAAGUGCUUGUAAUGUUUGUUGUGCAACGCUUAGAACCUCACUUUCCCCAAGCUUCAAAGACAAGCAUUGGUCAUGUGGUACAACUUCUAUAUAGGGCAUCAUGUUUUAAGGUUUCCAAAAGGGAAGGAGAUUCAUCUUUAAUGCAGUUAAAAGAAGAAUUUAGAACAUAUGAUGCCUUACGAAGGGAACAUGAUGCUCAAAUUGUCCAGAUAGCUACAGAAGCUGGCCUUCGAAUUGCUCCUGAUCAGUGGUCUGCUUUACUUUAUGGUGACACUGCCCACAAAUCACAUAUGCAAAGCAUUAUUGACAAACUACAAACUCCUCAAUCAUUUGCCCAGUCAGUACAAGAGUUGGUAAUUGCUCUUCAAAGGACAGGAGAUCCAGGAAACUUGUCUGUUCUUCGAUCUCAUUUAGAGUUGUUGGCAGCAAUUGAUCCAAGUCCAGAAUCAACCUCACCAACAUGGUCCGAGUGCUGUGGUGCCCUUGAAGCUGUGAGAACUGUAGUAACUGGCCUAGUCGAAUUUAUUCAACAUCACGGUAGUCGAAGACUUCAAGAGACAAGCCAUACGCAUAAUCCAAAAUACAAAAUAAGCAUGUGCCGAGAUCACACCUUACGAGGUAGUUGUCCACGUGGGACAAACUGUACAUUUGCUCAUUCAGAAGAAGAGCUUGAAAAGUACAGAGCAAAGAAUCGAAAAGCUGUUGUGAGAAGUAAUCCUACACAAUCCAAGGGGUCGGAUGCAAACCAAAAGGAGAACCAGACAAAUGACUUCCAUACCAAUGAUAAGGUCUUCAUACAACCAGAUGACUUGCUUUAUUCCAACAGCAAUUCAUCUAUUACAUCAGCCCCUUUUGAGAACUCUGUUUUAAGAGAAGGUUUCAUUGGGAGUACAACACCUGUUCAAGUCCCAUCAGUUGCUGCUGCUGUUGUUCGCCCACCAGUUGGCGUUUCAAUUCCUCCAGGAAGCUUCGAGUAUGCAAGACCUUACAGUGCAACUUACCCUUCACCAGGCCCACAGCCAACUUCUUCAGUGUACCAAACGCCUCAGCAGCAAAUGUUUGCUCCCAAUCCAGGAAAUUUCACGUCAGACAUAUACAGCAUGCUGCUGACCACAGGAGGCCAGGUGUAUGCCUCACCGCCACAGCCAGAUUAUGGAUCUCCAGCACCUCCCACUGAACAUAGACCAAUAGAACCAGCUAGAACUAACAAUCGAGCUGCCACUUGGGACCACACGAAAACAAUCAGCACCAGUACACUUGCUUCUCAACAGCCAUGGCUUAUGUCCAUGUCCAACACUUCGGCAGCUGCUGCUAAUAAGAAAGUCACAUCCAAGAGCUUAGCAGCUCUUCAUCAGAGGAAGCUGGAAAUAAUUUCCCAGUUGGAGAAAGUUGUGGGAAUAUCUGCUGCAUCAGCAAUUUCCAGUUCUACUUCUUCCCAGGCCAGAGCGACAACUUCAUUCCCAAACACCGACAAUGAUGUGUGCACAUCAACAUAUUCCAUUUGGACAUCUGGAGGAAUUCUCCACACAGGAAGAGGAAGUGGUUCUCAGGUUAGCCACAUUUCCACAGCUACACAGCCUGCUGCUUUCUACAGGUCAGAUUCAAUUCUUGCAGAUGAUGAAUUCAUCCCAUUUGAUCCACCCAUUGUCAGCAAGUAUGGACCAAUUUCUCGAAUGUCAAAGGCAAUCCUACGUCCCAGUAGUUCAGUACAGGUUUCUUCAUCUUUUGGUGAUGGAACAAUCUCAACCCCAAUGGUACGCCGUCCAGUACCUGCUGCUAGCCCCGUUGCUUCUUGGUACUUCAGUACCGCACAAGGAUAUCCAGCAGCCUUGCAAGCAACCACUUUGCCAGGUGGCCACAUAGUAACUCCUGCAACUGCUGGAUUGGGUGAUGGCUACAUAACAAUUGGCCAUGGAAUUUUGGAUCCUCCUCAGCUGUUUGUACAAAAUAGAGUACCUGACUGUCCUUCAGAAGAAAGCUAUGCAAACAACCAGAAAAUGAGACAACAUUUGCGAACCUUGCACCGGAGAAUAAAUGAUUUGAAGCUGGUUUCACAUGGGAGUGCACUUACAGAAGGAGAAAAGCUUACACAGGAAUUGCAGCUUAUAGAGCAGGAAGAACUGAGACUGAAUUUCUUAUCAUCGGCAUUGCCAAUACCAGCUGGUGAAUUUUUAAGUAAUAAAAAUGACAGUUACUCUACUGAUCUGAAGUACAAUGGAGAUUGUCGAAGUGAUGAUGAAGAUACAUAUGAAGCAGGUAUAGCAAAUGACAUGCUCGAACUUGAACGGCGCUGGGAGUACGAGCUAGAGGAGCAGGAGAAGAGGUGGUCCAGUGAAGAAGAGUCAGGAAAAAAGUAGAUCUAAAUAGUCUCAUUGUCAGAGAUGAUAUUUAUUAUCAACCCAAUGGGUUCAGACUUGUAUUAAUACCAGGAUAUCCUGAAAGUGAAAAUUCGUAUAUAAAUUAUUAUAUUACAGUUGCUGAUGGAAAAAAUAAAGUUUUCUAAUAAAGUUAUUUUUAAAAUGAUCGUGCUUUAGUUCUGUAAGGCAGUGACUGCUGCUGUUGUUCAGUUUAUAAAACAGCAUUAGCAACACUCUAUAGCUCUCUUAAAUAUAUAAAUAAAUAAAUAUAUAUAUAUAUAUAUAUAUAUAUAUUGUUUAUGAUCACCUGAAACAUUGAGGAGGGGAAAUGUUUGCUAUCAUUCUUCUGACAGGCAGAGGCAAAAGCAGAAGUGUAGAAUUAAAUGUUUAAAUUAUUAUAAUAAUUGCUUCAGAAGAGCACUAGUAUGUGAAGUAGAGUUUAAAUUUGUGUACUGUGAAUGGAUGGAUGAGGUGGAACGAAUAAGUAGAACCAUUGUGUUUGAAAAUUAAGAGAAAAGAAAUAUUGUGCUACAGGAUAGCAACCUAGUUAGGAUAUUUAGAAUGGCUUGCAGGAUGAAAAUGAAUGGUAAGGGAAGGAUGUGAACAGCAUGGUACAUAUAAAAUCAGUCAGUUUUUUCGAUGAGCACCCAAAUGACACAGCUGACAUCAUGAAUGUUUUUCUAUUUUUCAUUUCAUUUUUUAUAGUUUUGUUUCUUUUCACAUUUUCUGACAUUUCUGUUUUUCUCAAGCUCUCCAUUAUCCUUCAUCCAUUCUAUCUUCUUUUCUUGUGGAUUGUUCUCUUCACUAUGCACAUCCCACAUUCAGUUUGACCAUUCACAAAGUUUCUGUCUGUCUUCUCCCUCCCACCCUGUCCCCCCCUUUUUCUCUCUUCUCAUGGCCUUUUAAAAACUUGUCGAUGAAAUUCACUGAUCUCUACAUUGUAGGCUUUCUGUAACAAGUUCUUUGUAUUAGGUAUAAGGAAAUGUCAUGAUUUUAUGUGUUUUUAAUAUUUGACCAAUCUUAAACUUGCCUGACAGUCGAAUGAUUGUUUAGUAUUUUUCCUCCUAUAUAUUAAAAAUAUAAGUAUGUGAUUAUGUAGAUAUACCAGCUUGUGAAUCCAUUUGUUGAUAUGAGUGUUAUGAAUUACAGUAUUGUCUUAUAUGAAGAACUUAUGAUACUGUAGCACCUUGCUAAGUGA